AUGCUGCUAAUUUGGACCCUCUCAGUGCUGCUGGGGGUAGUAGCAGGUAAAGAAGUCUGCUUCCCAAGGCUCGGCUGCUUCUCAGAUGACUCCCCAUGGUCUGGGAUUGUAGAAAGACCCCUUCACAUCCUGCCCUGGGCUCCACAAGACGUCAAUACCCGUUUCCUCCUGUACACAAAUGAGAACCCAACCAACUUUCAAGAACUAGUUGCAGAUGCAGCAAGUAUCCAGGGCUCCAACUUCAGAACUGACAGGAAAACACGCUUUAUUAUUCAUGGAUUCAUAGACAAGGGAGAAGAAGGCUGGCUGUCCAACAUGUGCAAGAACAUGUUUCAGGUGGAAAGUGUGAACUGCAUCUGUGUGGACUGGAAAAGAGGGUCCCGUACUGGGUACACCCAGGCCUCCCAGAACAUCCGGAUUGUAGGGGCGGAAGUGGCGUAUUUCAUUGAAGUUCUUCAGUCAUCGUUCGGAUACUCUCCUGUCAACGUUCACAUCAUUGGCCACAGCCUGGGCUCUCACGCCGCCGGGGAGGCCGGAAGGAGGACCAACGGGGCCGUGGGACGGAUCACAGGACUGGAUCCAGCCGAACCUUGCUUUGAGGGCACACCUGAAUUAGUCCGACUGGACCCCAGUGAUGCCAUGUUUGUGGACGUGAUCCACACAGAUGCCGCUCCCAUCAUCCCCAACAUGGGGUUUGGAAUGAGCCAAACCGUGGGUCACCUUGACUUCUUUCCCAACGGAGGAAAAGAAAUGCCCGGAUGUCAGAAGAACAUUCUCUCUCAGAUUGUUGACAUCGAGGGGAUCUGGGAAGGAACUCGUGACUUUGUGGCCUGCAAUCACUUAAGAAGCUACAAGUAUUAUGCUGACAGCAUUCUCAACCCGAAUGGCUUUGCUGGGUACUCUUGUGCCACAUACAGUGCUUUUACUGCCAAUAAGUGUUUCCCCUGCCCAAGCGAAGGCUGCCCACAGAUGGGUCACUAUGCUGAUAGGUUUCCUGGGAAAACCAACGGAGUGGGUCGGGUGUUUUAUCUGAAUACUGGUGAUUCCAGUAAUUUUGCCCGUUACAGGUACAAGGUAUCUGUCACGCUGUCAGGAAAGAAAGUCACAGGACAUAUAUUAGUUUCUUUGUUUGGAGACAAAGGAAACUCUAAACAGUAUGAGAUUUUCAAGGGCACUCUCAAUCCCGACUACACUCAUUCCAAUGAAUUUGACUCAAAUGUGGAUGUUGGAAACCUGCAGAAGGUUAAAUUUAUUUGGUAUAACAACGUGAUCAACCCAACUCUCCCCAGAGUGGGAGCAUCCAAGAUUGUGGUUGAAAGGAAUGAUGGGAAAAUAUUCAACUUCUGUAGUCAAGAAACUGUGAGAGAGGAGGUUCUGCUCACCCUCCACCAAUGUUAG